AUGACGAUUUGUUUUUCUCCGUUGGGAACGAUGACAUGGCCAUGUGGAAAGAGCGUGAACAGACUCUUUGGCUGUAUUCACCUGCUGCAAUGGUAUGAGAGGGGGGUACUGAGGUGUUUUGGAUGGCUGCCUCUUCAUCAAUUGCCGCGCUCAGUUCACGGCCGUGGAGGGUGCGACGGGCGAAUAUCUGGUGACUUGAUGGUUGUGAAUGGCCCCUUGUCUUUGUCUUUGGAGGAUGGGUUUAGCGAACUGGUGGCUUUGAGAGCUCGUGAGACGGUUGGGGGAGGAGUCGGCCUUGUGAUCCGAGGGAAUGGUUCUAUUCCGGUGAUAUGCGAGGCGUUUAUGCUUGGGGUUGUGAAUUAG